CCAGGAAUUUCCUAAUAUUGAAAAAAAAUCUGUAAUUCAGUUAAUAAUUAACUGAUUCAAUUUUUUCUUUGACCAGGUAUUUAGGAGAACUUUAAAAAGCAUAUUAUCUAAAUUCUGAUACCAAAGAAAAAUUUAAAAAAAUAUUUUUCACUACAGGGGACUGCUAUAUUUCAUAUUAACCUAGCAAUCCCUUCGUUUUUUUCCAUAUGGGACUGCUAGGUUUAUUGACCUAAUAUUCUGGGAAAUCAAUAAAUAAUACAACCCCAUAUGAUUUUAAAUCUGGGGAGAUACUUUGAUAGGUAUAUGUAUUAUUGACUUUACAUUUAUAAAUAAUUUUACACGUCUGUAUAAACUCUACAAGGACUCUACGCUUUAAUAAAUAAGUAUAUUAUAUAUUUCUAAAAUCUUAACUCUACUGUAGACUGUAGUUAAUAAAAAUAAAGUCCACAAUCAUUCACUAAAUACAAAUACAUUUUUUAAUUUAUUUUUAUUAUUAUCAGCUGAUUACACCAGAUGUUCCGCGCGCCCGCCGCGUACACAAAACCUUCAUAAGCUUCAACUACUCUUGCUACUCCUCCGCGAUCAUGUUAACUGAUCCCGAUCAUAGCCGAUCGCGUUCGUGAGUAGACCAUUUGCGGAUUAGCACAAAUGCACAGUAGCACAAAUGGAGCCAUCUCGCGGCGAUUACCAAAAACGGGGCCGAUAAGCAAUCCUUAGUAUAGUGUAUUAUCCUUGGUAUUAUUCUACCUCAAUGUGAAACCGAGCUGACCGAGCAUAAUUUCAACCUCCUCGAACUAAAUACUAGUACUACAUUACUAAACACUACACACCUGACACCUGCACUUGCUACUAAUCAGAAUAGAGUGUAAACCGGCCCUGAGUGAUUCGACCAAUGAAAUUCGUUAUGCAUCAAAUCAAAAUAAAACCAUAACCUAAGAAAAAAUUUGGACUUCAAGAAGCUCAAGUUCUUCAACAAACAAGAAAUAAAAUUGCAAAAAAUGGACGAAGAAAAUCCAAAAGAAUACCGUUGGGAAACUGGAUAUGAAAAGACAUGGGAGGCAAUCAAAGAAGACGAUGAUGGCUUCAUUGAGGCCUCCAUAGCGGACACUAUACUACGUGCUAAAAGAAAGAGGCAAACACAGAAACAAGGUAAAACUAAACUAGGAAUGAUGAGACAUAUAUAUUUGAUUGUGGAUUGUUCUGAAUCCAUGUCUAGUCAAGAUCUGAAACCUACUCGAAUGGUUUGUACGUUGAAGAUAUUAGAAGCGUUCAUUGAAGAAUUCUUCGAUCAAAAUCCGAUCAGUCAAAUGGGAAUCAUCCUAAUGAAAAAUAAAAGAGCUGAAAAAGCUAGCGAUUUGAGUGGAAACUUUAGGAAACACAUAAAGUUCCUGAAAACGUUAACCAAAACACGUUUAGUUGGAGAACCGUCAUUGCAAAAUGGCUUGGAACAGGCUCUCUCAUCUUUAAAAUUAUUGCCAUCGCACGCGAGCAGGGAAAUUCUUGUCAUAAUGGGAAGUUUAACUACUUGUGAUCCAACUGAUAUUAAUACUACAUUGGAGAAAUUAAUACAAGAAGGCAUUAGAUGCUCCAUAAUAGGCCUAGCAGCAGAAGUACAUGUUUGCCGUACCUUAGCAAAUGAAUCUAAAGGCAGCUACAAUGUGAUUUUAGAUGAUAGCCAUUUCAAGGAUUUGCUAUUUCAACAAGUUGAACCUCCUCCGGCAGCUGCUACUUUGGAAUCCAGCUUAAUAAAAAUGGGAUUUCCUCAUCAAAUGACUACUGAAGGAUCUAACGAGCCUCUAACUAUGUGCAUGUGUCAUGUGGAUAGCACAGAUGAAGGUAGUCAAUUAACUACCGAUGGUUAUUACUGUCCACAAUGUUUGAGUAAGUACUGUGAGCUUCCUGUGGAAUGCAGAGCUUGUGGUUUAACUCUAGCGUCUGCUCCACAUUUAGCCAGAUCAUAUCAUCACUUGUUUCCUGCUCCCAAUUUUAAGGAAUUUCCAUUUGCGAGUCAAGCUAAAUUCUGUUACUCUUGUCAGAAACCUUUUGAUGAAAAAGAUAAACAGGUUUACCAAUGUCCAACAUGUAGAAGAUACUUCUGCAUCGAUUGCGAUAUUUUUGUACACGAUAUAUUGCACACUUGUCCUGGAUGUUCCACUAAUUUAUCUACUUUUCAGAUAACACAAAAUUAAAUAAUAGUGUUACAGUGUCUUUUUAUUUAAUAAUAAUAAUGAUAAUAAUGAA